AUGGAGAUCCGUGCCGAUGCAGAAACUAGUUCAUUUUCUUCAAGUUUGUUUGCGGCAGUUUCGUAUGGAUUUGCUUCGAUGGCGAUGGUUUUUAUCAAUAAAGCUGUUCUUAUGCAGUAUCAGUAUUCAAUGACUUUGCUCACUUUGCAGCAACUAGUUACUACUUUGCUUAUACACUUUGGUCGAAAAAUGGGAUACACAAGAGCUAGAGGAGUGGAUAUGGAAACGGCCAAGCAACUGUUCCCGGUUUCAUUUUUCUAUAAUGCCAAUGUUGCAUUUGCUUUGGCCAGUUUGAAAGGAGUCAAUAUCCCAAUGUAUAUUGCAAUAAAGAGGCUUACACCGCUUGCGGUACUUAUUGCUGGAUGUUUCAUGGGGAAGGGGAGACCUUCAAUUCAGGUGACUCUCUCAGUGAUAUUGACUGCUGCUGGAGUUCUAAUAGCAGCCCUUGGAGAUUUUUCCUUUGACCUUUUUGGGUAUAGUAUGGCUUUCAUUUCUGUUUUCUUCCAGACCAUGUACCUUGUGCUGGUGGAAAAAUCCGGUGCUGAGAAUGGACUUUCAUCAGUAGAAAUCAUGUUCUACAACAGUUUUUUAUCUCUUCCAUUUUUGAUGUUUCUUAUUAUAGCCACAGGGGAAUUCCCAUAUUCUUUAUCUGUAUUAUUUGCAAAGAGUUAUUCUUUUUCAUUUUUAAUGAUCCUUAUUCUUUCAUUGGUGAUGGGCAUUGUUCUCAACUUCACCAUGUUCUUGUGCACUAUUGUUAAUUCUGCUUUAACUACAACUAUUGUGGGCGUUCUCAAAGGAGUUGGUUCCACGACCUUUGGUUUCUUCUUACUGGGCGGUGUUCAAGUCCAUGCUCUGAAUGUGUCUGGAUUGGUUAUCAAUACAGCUGGUGGAGUGUGGUAUUCAUAUGCUAAAUAUCAGCAGAAAAAAAGUAAGACAGUAAAGCUAGUUACAGAUGUGGAGACUCAUCGUAAAUAG